AUGGCUAUUAUGAAGACCCUUAUGAUGAUGCUGUGCCUCUUGCUUGGGAUGUUACUCAUCUCUGUUGCAUCAACCGAUCAUCAUCAGCCUUUCAAUGGAGAAUCAAGAGCAAAAAACUCGAGGACAAUUGCCGGCUGGGGAGGAGGAGGACUUGGUAGCAGGGGAGGAAGUGGACCCGCAGGUGGCGGUGGACUUGGAGGAGGUGGAGGAGGCGGACCUGGCACCGGUGGAGGAGGCAGACCUGGAGGAGGAGGACCUGGCAGUGGUGGAGGAGGUGGACCUGGGGGAGGAGGAGGACCUGGUGGCGGUAGAAGAGGAGAUUCUGGCGAUGGGGGAGGAGGCAAACUCAGUGGCUGGGGAGGAGGUGGCCAUGGAGGAGGAGGACACGGUGGUUGGGGAGGAGGUGGAGGUCCUGGCGGGCACGGAGGAGGAGGCUGGGGAGGAGGUGGAGGGCCUGGUGGCCACGGAGGAGGUGGUUGGGGAGGAGGUGGCGGACCUGGUGGCCAUGGAGGUGGAGGACACGGUGGUUCGGGAGGAGGCGGAGGAAAUGGUGGUGGUCGGGGUGGAGGUAUGGCAGACAAAGUGGAUGUCAGAGAUGCUGAUAACGCAGGCGUUGCCGGUGGUGCAGUUGAAACUAUCAAACCAAAGAGCAGAAACUGA